CCCAAGGCUAAGCAGAAAGCAUUGCACCGCAACUAGUUUUGUUUUGGUUUUUAACGAUGUCAGGCGUCAUGGCCAUGCCAUCUUUGGUCGUCCAGUCCGCCACUCCCCUUCAGUCCCGCGUUGCUGCUCCAGCCGCCCUGGCCCCCAGCGCUCCAGCACCUGCUUCGGGCCUCUCCAGCUUCUCUGGCAUCGCUGUGGCCGCCACCGCGGCUGCGGCAGCUGGGGUGGCUGGGGCAGUGCGACGCUCCAAGCGCAGUACCUUGGCCAAGGGGGUGAAGGUCAGCGCAGUGAAGAACCACCGCAGCCUGAGGGAUGCCAAGGUGGUGGUGUGCGCAGGUGUCAACUUCCCUGAGGGCCGCAAGCUGCGAGUGGCAGUGGUGGGUGGUGGACCCGCAGGUGCCAGUGCUGCAGAUCAGCUGGCAAAGGAUGGAGUCGAGACAUAUUUGAUCGAGAGAAAGAUGGACAACUGCAAGCCAUGUGGUGGAGCCAUCCCACUGUGUAUGAUUGAUGAAUUCGACCUGCCAAAGAACAUUGUGGAUCGGCAGGUGCGCAAGAUGACCAUGAUCUCACCCACCAACAAGGAGGUUCAAAUUGGUCAGACCUUGAAGGAUGAUGAGUACAUUGGCAUGGUCCGCCGAGAGGUCUUGGACGAUUUCCUUCGGCAGAGGGCCAAGAAAAACGGAGCCACCUUGAUCAACGGGCUGUUCUUGGGUAUGACCUUGCCAGAGAAGAAGGGUGAUUCCUAUGUUCUGACCUACAAUGAUUACGAGGAUGAGCAGGGCAAUGCCCGGAAAGGCGUGAAGAAGAGCCUGGAGGUGGACGUGGUCAUCGGUGCGGAUGGGGCGAACAGCCGCGUGGCGAAGGACAUCGAGGCCGGAGACUACGAGUACGCCAUCGCCUUCCAGGAGCGCAUGAAGAUCCCUGAGCAGAAGAUGGACUACUACAAGGACCGUGCGGAGAUGUAUGUGGGUGAAGACGUGUCUCCGGACUUCUAUGCCUGGGUUUUCCCCAAGUGCGAUCAUGUGGCCGUGGGCACUGGCACAGUGGUGGACAAGAAGGGCAUUCAAAGGUACCAGCAGGGCAUCCGUGACAGGGCAGCCACCCGCAUUGAUGGUGGCGAGAUCAUUCGGGUUGAGGCGCGCCCCAUCCCAGAGCAUCCCCGCCCUUGGCGCGUAAAGGACCGCGCCAUCCUGGUUGGCGACGCCGCAGGCUACGUCACCAAGUGCAGUGGCGAGGGCAUCUACUUUGCUGCCAAGAGCGGUCGAAUGUGUGCGGAGACCAUUGUGAAGAACUCCAAGCAGGGCGUCCGCAUGAUCGAUGAGGCUGAUCUUAUGGAACACCUCAGGGAGUGGGACGGCAAGUACGGCCCUACCUACCUGGUGUUGGAUUUGUUGCAGAAGGUCUUCUACACCUCCGAUGCGGCCAGGGAGAGCUUCGUGGAAUUGUGCGAGGAGGAGUACGUGCAGAAGGUCACCUUCUGGCCGAGUGCUCAAGUUGCCAUGCUCGCUGAGCUGUUCCCACCGGGUCCUGGCACGGCCAGCCCGGCCCGCCCGGCCAGCACGGCCACGGCCGCAACACCCAAGGUGGUGUCGCCCAGGCCCUACCAUGGCUGGCAGCUGUGCACUCCUGUGAUGUGCUUGGUGGCCGCUAGGGCCGCUGGAAGGGGUAAAAGGGCCCAAAGAAGGGCACAAGCACAGAGAGGAGUAGAUGUUUGGCGCAGCUUGCCAGGGGAAAUUCCCAAAAACAUGGAUGUGAUUUUGCGAAAUCGCUACAAUGAUGUGGUCUUAGAAGAGCUGGACGACCUAGACUUGAGCCCAUUUCGCACCCUAGCAGUGAUCCGUCUUCCAAUCCAAUGGGUACCUCAAGUUGGACAGCUUCGGCGACAAGUCUUUCGUCAAGGCUCAACGCAGCACUUGGCCCUGAAGUUUGCUUUGGAAGAACAUGGGGGCUUCCUGGGCAUUGCGGUGGACAUCCCACAAGCCACCUAUCUUCCGCGGGGAUGUGUUGGAGCUGAAGUGGUCCAACUGUCAUUUGAGGAGGAUUUGGUGCAUGCCACUCUGCGAGGCGUUAGCAUGCUUCGCAUCAUUGAUAGGGUGAAGAUGCCAGAUGACCAUGGCAUACGAGCACCUCUGAUGCAAGAGGUGUUGGAGUACACAGACUUAGAAAGGAAGGAAGGUAUGGAGGUCUUGCUAGAAGAGACCAAGAAAGUGGAGAAGCUCUUCGUUCACUGUGGCCAGUUGCAGAAGGAGACUGGCAUCUUUGCUGCGGGGGAUCUGUCCAAAACACCUCUAGGGACCCUGGCGCAGGCUGCCUCAGAAAACUUGGCUGAUGUGAACCUCUGUGGUGUCCGGCAGGAAGAGCACCGCGGCCCCGUGGUGGCAAGUCAUGCUGCUGUCUUUGCAUUUGGCGUGCAGAAACAGGCUGACUUCCUUUGUGAUCCUUUCUCGGCCCUUCGCCGUCUUCGUACUCUGAGUAGAUUUUUGAAUCUCAUGGACUCCUACCUCUACAAGACCGUGCAAGGCAAUGACCCCAUGGGUGAUCUGAAGCUGGGAUGGAAAACCUUGAGCUCCCUGUACAAGUUCAACAAUCAGAAGACCCCCGAUCCCAUGCGAACUUUGGCAUAGGCCAACGGGGGCCCCCACUGGGGAAGCCGACCCACCAAAGGAUCCCAAAAAGGCCAGCUUUGUAGCUGCGUGGGCCGAUAUCCAA